AGGGCUCCGUGUCCACGAACCUCUACAUGUACCGAGCUGGGGGUGAGGCUGACUACGAUCUCGAGAACGUCAACGCCGCAGACCUGGAAGGGGUCCUGUGGUACCUGCACAACGAGGUGGUUGCCUCCGCCCCCCGCAAGUACGGCAUCGACCGCAUCAGGCGCUACCAGGUCACCAUCAAGAACACGCAGGAGUUCUGGAACGUCCACAAGAAGCAGUUCGGGCCAUUCCUCGCCUUCGACGCAGCGCGGUGCACGACGGUGGACGGCAUGGGGGCCUCCACCUGCGAAAGCGUGUUCCAGAAGUACGGCUUCAUCGUCGGGUGCCAGCCAGUGCAGUCCGCUGGCGCCGCGGAUCAAGCACCCCUAGGCUACCUGCACGACAGCCCCUCCAACACUGGGUGCGCACCAGGCACCCAGGAUUGCUACGCCCCGCUGUGGUACUCGCUCCCGGGUCCCUGCCCGGAGUUCGGCAUCCCCCAGGACGCCAUCGACGCGAACGACGCCGACCAGGACGUGGCGCAGUACAAGUCUGCGGAGUGCAAAUGGCGCAUGCCAGGCGGCCGUUGCGAGAAGGCCAAUGGGGCCCCUGACUGCACGUACAGCGUUUGGCCGGCGGGCGAGAUCAUGCUGGACGACCUCUCAGGAAUCGACGACUACCAGGACUGGUGGAACGUCUCCUACUACCGGUGCAUCGACGAGGGUGGGACCGACUGCGCUCAGAACAAGGAGUACGAUGUGUUGCUCGACGCCGGCGUCGGCACCAGCUUCUGGGACAACCGCGGCGACAGGGACGCAUGCAAGGCGGCAGCCAAGCUUGGGGCUGCGGCAACCGAGGCAGCCCGCCAGCGGGCCACAGAGCAGAAGGUGGCCAGCGCACCUGCUGCGCCUGCUGCUGGUGACGGGGCUGCUGGUCAGUUCGCAGAGUGGUCGAUGCCCGCCAGAUACGGAGGCAGCGUCGACCAGGAGGCCCGACGCCCAGCUGGGACAGACCCCGCGGCCACAGAAGUGCAGAGCCUGGCCCUUCACACAAGACGCUCGCCUGUCGCUGCAGGCGUGGCAGCCAUCGGCCUCGAGCAGUGCCUGCCCCACCUGGAGCCCCUGGCGCUGCAGCAGGGUUCGUUGGAUGGUGACCUCCGCGUCUGA